UAAAAGUAACACAACAAAAGUAACGCUGUUGUAAUAACCUAACAUAAAUAUAUUUACAAUUAUUUUUAAAUAAUAUCAAAUAUUGUAAUAAGUGAAAACAAGUUUAUUAUUACUCGAAUGAAAGCAGUUAUUGUAACAACACAUAUUGUAAAAGAUUUUUUACUUAUAUCUGUGAAAUGAAAAGAUACAAAAAAAAUAUAGAUGUCGGAGAUGAAGCAAUUACAAAAAGAACAGCUGAAAGAUACAAAGCUGUCAUUAAUGAAAACUUAAAUUUUGAGGAGGUAUCAAGUCAUCAUAGCUCAGACGAUGGAAAUGUGUUGGAAAAUCUUGUCACAAAUCAAGAUAUUUUAUGUGCAGAAAACAGUAAUAAAGUUACGAAUCGCACUUCGACAGAAUCAAAUGAACUAGAUUUAACCAAUCACCUUCGCAGCUUAUUACUAGAAGAUGAGAACGAAUGCCUUCAACAAUCAUGCAAUAUCCCUAAAAAUUUGGAAGAAAUGAUUCAAAAUGUAGAUUUUUUUCAAUAUAUUACGUGUCCUAUUAAGGUUAAAAAAGGCGAAUUAUUUUUAAUGAUACUUAAAUUUUGUGUUGUGAAUAAGUUAUCAUUCUUAGGCAUGACUAAUCUUUUCAAGUUGUUUAAUGUUAUUUUUGAAUCGCCAGUCAUGCCUGAAUCGCGAUAUUCUGUAGAUAAAUUGUUAAAUCCAAAAGAAUUUGCCGAAUUUCAUGCCGUAUGCCACAAUUGUUCAGCAUAUAUAGGUAAAUAUGGCGAAAUAACGUCCGUUAAACAAUGUAAUAUAUGUCAAGCAGAAUUAGAUUUAGAUAAUCCGAGUAACACAAGUUAUUUUGUUAUUAUUGAUCCAUCUACACAAAUAAGAGAUUUGAUUCAUUUUUAUGAAAAUCAUUACGAUUAUGUAGUCAACACAAGAGUCUCAAAGCCUGAAUAUAUAGAAGAUGUAUACGAUGGUAAAGAGUACCGGUCAUUCGUUAAUUCACUACUGCCAGAAGAUAAGCAUAGUUACGUAAGUGCUGUUUUUAAUACGGAUGGAGCUCCAAAAUUCAAAAGUUCGCAAUAUUCGAUUUGGCCAUUGUACCUUAUGUUAAACGAAUUACCUAAACAAGACCGAAUUAAUAAGUUAAUCACAUGUGGACUAUGGUUUAAUAAGAAAAAACCUGAUAUGAGCGUGUUCUUAUCAACGUUUGUGGACGUAAUUAAUAAAUUAACUAGUGAAGGAAUUUCAUGUAAUGUAAAAAAUGAAAACAAGGUCUUAAAACUGCACGUCCUCACAUGCUGUGUAGAUUCUGUAGCUAGAGCUCCUGUUCAGGGCAUUAAACAGUUUAAUGGUAAAUACGGAUGCAGUUGGUGCCUGCAUCCGGGAGAAUGGGCUGAAGGUAGUAUGCGGUAUCCUUUAUUAACAUAUUAUGUGAAUGAUCGAGAUCAUGAAAAAACCGUUAAUGAUAUGUUACAUGCAACUCCUGAUAAUCCUAUUAAUGGUAUUAAAUACCCAUCACCUCUUAUAAAUUUUCCAAAAUUUAAUAUUAUAUUAGGUUUUACUGUUGAUUACCUUCAUUGUUGUUUAGAAGGUGUUGCAAGUCAGUUUACAGAAUAUCACUUGCAAUCAAUGAGUAAAGAUGACAUUGAAGAACUUGAUGAAAAAAUUAAUAAAAUUACUGCGCCUCAUCAAAUUUCACGUUUAAGCCGACCAAUAAGUAUCAGAAAGGAUUGGAAAGCACGUGAAUGGGAAAAUUAUGUUCUAUUUUAUAGUGUACCGCUUUGAGCAGAUCACCUAAGCAGAAAUCAUCUUUUUCAUUGGCUUCUAUUUGUUAAAAGAAUUGAAUAUACUGUUACAAAGUAGUAUUCAUAUAAGAGAAUUGGAUCGAGCCGAUCAAAUGUUGCACGAAUUUGUAGCUAAGUCUCAAGAAUAUUUUGGAAUAAAAUCAAUGACGUUUAAUGUCCACCAGUUACUACAUAUCUCUAAAACCGUAUUGAAUUGGGGACCAUUGUGGUGUCAGUCAACCUUCUCUUUUGAAUCGGCAAACCAAAAUUUGUUAAAGGCAAUACAAUGUUCAAAAGGAGUUAAACUACAAAUCGUAAGAUUUAUCAAUAUCAAUCAUUUUAUUUCUGUUGUACAAGAAUAUGUAUAUCCACAUGCGGAUGUUUUGGUAAAAAUGUACUGUGAUGAUUUUCUUGGUUCAAAAGUGCAAAAUACUUGUAAAAUAAGGGAUAUCACAUAUUUUGGUCUGGGUAACCGAGUACCAAAUGAUAUAUUAGAAAAAUUACAGCUGUCUGAACAUUCUGCAAACCUUUUUUUGAAAAUGGUAAAAAAUGGAUGUUUAUACGAAUCAUCUAUUAGAAAGAAAAAAAGAUCAAAUAAUUCAUUUGCACAGUUAAAGGACAAAAGAUUUAUACAAAUUGAUAGUUUUAUUGCAGAUGACGAAAAAAAUCAAGAAUUCACUGUCUGCAAUGUUGUUACAACAAGACAUCGAUUCAGCAAGCAUUACAAUAAUCUUAGAGUAAUAGAACAUAUCAGCACAGAAUCUACAAUUGUUGAAACCAAUGAGAUCGAGACUAUUUGUAUUUUCAUGCAAAUACUUGGAAUCAUGUAUAUUUGCCCUCUACCUAAUCUACUACAUUAUUAAGUAUACAAGCAUUUUAAAGAAUUGCAAGCUUUUACGAGCACAUUAAUGAAAGCUUUAAUUAAUUUUUUAUUGUCGAUUAAGAAAACCGUUUUAUACAUAUUUUGUAAUAAAUAAAUUUAAAAA